GAAACUCUCUGGAUGCCCUUAAACUGCCCUCGUACCUGAUCUCUUGCAACCAUAAACAUCCUCUUCUGUCUCCAUCGCGCUUCUACAGCUACUACCAAACAACACUUCAAUCGUCUUCAUCUUACGGAUCCAAUCGUAAGAUACAGCUACUCUUGACCUACUACUCCCAAGUAUUAAGUCAACAACCACCAACAACAUGUCGGCAGCAGACGCAGCACCAACACCUCUGUCCAAGGUCGACUCGGCCGUUCAAGGUCUGUCAUCGAGUCCUUCAAAGGACGGUGCAACGGAAGCUCCCAAGGAGAAGCGAAGAGCAAGCUCAAGUGUACCUGGCGUAUACAAUAUCAAUGACCUGGGUAAGUGACUCUACGCCAACCUCGUACUUUGGCACAUCCCCCCGGACCAUCCGGAUCAAUCCUAUCAAUCUCAAUACUGACAAUCGAUAUGAUACAGAGGCCGAGGGAACCGAACUAUUAAUUGCAAAGGAGACGCAAAAGCUGAAUUGGUAAGAUAUCACUCGCUGUCCCCGUUUGAGCCAAUUACCCCGCUUUCCCAUAUGAACACCCACUUGAGUGAAUACCUUUCGAGCUGGGUAAUAUAUGCUGAUGUUUUCUACUCUCAGGCGUAUCAACAAGUCUCCAAUGGGGCUGGAUGACCCAGAAAAGGCCUAUCUCAAGAAACACCUAACCACACCACCCGUCAAGAAGAUUGACCUGCACUUCCCACUGGGUCUAGAGGUAACAGCACGAAAUAUGAAGGGGGUGACAAUCAAGGAUGCAUUAGAUGCAAUCUACAAGCAAUACCGGAAGAAGGUAUGCCUCCUCAUUUCCAGUUCUUUAUCUACCUGUAUUGUCCAGACAGAUACUAAUCAUCUCUCCAAUAACAGGCAGAUGACGAACUAGAGAACCCCGUCCUAGCUGGUUUCGAAUGGGACAAGGAAGAAUCAUGGACCCGUCUCAUCGUCCACUGCAAGAAGGAAGGCGCCCCACAACCCAAGAAGAAGGGAAAGAAGGCAGGUCAAGAAGGUGCUGAACUCUAG